AUUGUUCGUUCGUUCGUUCGUUCUAAGACCGCUUCAAUUGUUGGCUCUUCCGAGUGCAAAGCACCCUUUAAUAUUUUAUUGAAUUGUGUUUCAACCGAGAACAUAAAUUUGGUGUAGGAUUUGUUCGGUGCUGUGCUUUGUGUGAUUUGAUUGUUCAGCUCUAGCGAAAGUUUUCAAGUGCAUGGAUGGUGGAAUACUAAUGAAUUUCGUUUUCUUUUUACCGACUGGUGUGAAUUGAUUUGCCGGCAAACUUUGCAGACAAGCUCCAUACCGAACAGGAUAAUCAGCUGGGAUUUAGAAGAGAAUCUACGAAUUGUGUGACAUUUAUUGUUAAAGACCGCCGUUACGUAAAAGCGCUGAGAGGAUUAAACCAGAAUGAAACUUCAACUAGCAUUACUCGUAACACUUUUCGCUGUGGCAUACACAUCGCCACUGCCACAAGCCGUCGAAGAUGUAAAAGUUGCGGAACCUGCCAAAGAUGUGGCGGAAGUACCAACGGCGACCGCGACAGUUCCAGAGGAGCAACCUUCGGAUGCCAAGGAUGUCCCGGUGACUACAGAAGCAGAAUCUGAAAGUGCCACAGAAACACCGGCUACAACCGAAGCCGCAGCUGAUCCAGUCCCUGAAGUGAAAUCCGAAACAGUUGUCGAAGAAGCUAAGAAAGAGGAAACCGUCGCAGUUCCAGAAGUUCAAGCCGGUGCAACCGCCGAUGCCGCCGGGGCUUCUGAAGUGGUAGCUGCUGCUGCUGAAACCAAAGAUGAAACUCAAGCUCAGGUUGCCGCUGAAGAAGUGAAAGAAGAUACCGUGAAACUAUCCGAUACGGUUGAGCUUGCCGCCGUUGCUUCUGACAAUGCUGCACCUGCAGCUCGGUCCAACGAUGAGGAAGAGAAGAAGGAAGACGCGGCCGCCACAACUGUUGCGCCAGCAGCUACCGCCGAGGAAGAAAAACCCGUAGAGCAGCCAGAGGAGAAACCAGCAUCAGCUUCGGAUGAUGCUACUGAAGAAGCCAAGCCGGCGCCAUCUGAGCCAGUUAAAGAGGUAACCGACGCUGAAGCCCCUGCCGCAACAACCACUGUUGAAACCAAAGUAGAAACCACAACCGGAGCGGCUGCUGCAGCUACUACGAAAAAGGAUGACAGCUCAGAAGAAAGCAAUGAGAGCGUGGAAUCUGAGGAGAAAAAAUCUUAAACUUAUAUGCCCAAGGUGCAAACUUCCGUUUUAAGAAAUAGUACGAGUGCCAACCAGAACCUCAUCCCUACAAUUGUCCUAUUUGGUAAUUAAAACAAUCACAUCGAUUUGCUCAACUCAAAACCAAUCAUGAGCCCCCAAUAAGUCGCAUAAUAGGUCCUGAUCAAAAACAGAGGAGAAAGAAUUUUCACCGCAAAAUUGCCUCAAAUUCAAUUACAACUAGAGACAGGUAAAUUCAACAUUCAUUACAACGAUCUUUGUAGAUUCUUAUCAUCGUAGAGUUGUUAGUGUCUAUAGAAUAAUGUUAAGAAAAGUUACAAAAACAUUACAAUUAGUUUUAAAAUUUGAACGACAUUUUAGUAAUACCAUUCAAAAUACGAGCAUUGAAUGUAGACAAUUUCCAAUAGGUACACCAAAUAAAUUGUAAGCGCAAUGAACCAAUAUAAAUAUUUCAUAAUGUGAUAGAUGGCUUUUCGACAAACCAACUUGUUUACAAAAAAGAAAGUGAAUCAAAUUACAUUUCAAUAUGUCCGGGCAACACUUCAGAUUGGGAAAUUACUGUUUUGUUCGAGAAAUUCGUAAGUACGGGUGGAAUGUAGCAAAAUGUCAUUUAUUCACUUUCUCUCAUUGCAUUUUCCAAAUUUCCAUUGCAAAAUAUGAAACUUACGGUUCAUACAAAACACAAACUAAUGUCAAAAUUAGUAUAAUAAAACAAAACUUAACAAAUAUAAGCACAAAUAAAAACGAACCUUAAACUUAGAUAUUUGAAGGCUUGUGAGUUGGUAGAUGAAAUGUUAGACAUGAAUGUCAACAAUAAAUGCACACAGGACAACCAGAUUGCCAACAUUUGGAAAUAAUUUUAAAUUGGAGCAACCAUUAGGAACCAAACGAAAAGCUACAAAUCCCACAGGAAACUCUGCAGUCAGAAAAUGCAACGAACAAUAUUGAACAUCCUGCGAGCAAACUUUCAAAUUUCUGUGUAGACUGAAAAAUUAUACGAAACAAAAUGUGACGACUGUAAAAGUGACGUGUAACAAAAAUUAAACUGAAAAAUAAUUUAUUAAACUUAUGUUUAAGUUUA